UUCAUCCCUUAUUCUGGAUUAGGGUUAAGAUUUCAAUAUUGCACAAACUUGGACUCACUCCCUCUAAGUUGACUCACAUCAUCGCCACUGUAAAAGCCCCAAACUUUUCCCACCCCUUUUAUGCUCAAACUCCAAAGUCGUGAUUUUGUUGCUCCCAAAUGCAUGUUAUGUAUGAGGGCACUGUUGUUCCUGAAAAAUACACACAACUUUGGUGUUUGGUAAGCAACAAAUAAUGAGUGGCCAAAGCCAGAGUUGUUUAAGCAAUGGAACCGAACGAUCAAGGAUGCAUUGGACUCCAUUGAUGGAACGCUACUUCAUUGAUCUCAUGUUGGAGCAUUUGCAGAGAGGGAACAGGGUUGGCCACACUUUCAACAAACAAGCUUGGACAGACAUGCUCAACUCGUUCAAUGCUAACUUUGGUUCACAGUUCGACAAAGAUGUCCUGAAAACUCGGUAUACCAAUUUGUGGAAGCAGUUCAAUGAUGUCAAGAGUCUUCUUUCUCAAUUCGGUUUUUCGUGGGAUGCUGCCCGGCAAAUGGUUGUGGCUGAUGAUGAUUCUGUUUGGGAUGUUUAUUUGAAAUCUCACCCUGAUACUAGAUGCUACAGGACAAAAGCAGUGUUGAACUUUGAUGAUUUGUGUGUCAUAUAUGGCAACGUUGUUGCUGACGGAAGAUAUAGUUUAUCUAGCCAUGAUGUACGCCUUGAUGAUAAAUUGCUAGGACUGCAUUUGGUUGAUGCAACAGGAACCGUUGCUGUACCAAGUUCUGAGCGUACCAGGACGGAUUGGACUGCUUCUAUGGACCAGUUGUUUAUAGAGCUUAUGGUUGAUCAGUUGAGUAGGGGCAAUCGAGUGGACAAUGGAUUCAAUAAAAAAGCUUGGACAGAUAUGCUAGCCAUUUUCAAUUCUAAGUUUGGAUGUCAGCAUGGUAGAAGGGUUUUAAAGAAUCGGUUCAAGAAACUGUUGAAAUACUACCGAGAUAUAACAAAUCUUGUAAAACAAGGCUUUUCGUGGAAUGAACAACAACAAAUGCUUUUGGCUGAUGAUGAUAUCUGGGAUUCUUAUGUCAAGGCACAUCCGCAUGCACGAAUAUAUAGAUCGAAAACUUUGCCAAACUAUCGUGAUUUAGAAUUAAUAUUCAGAAACGUGUCUGAAAAUGAGAUCAGUAAUUUGCAACCGGAGAAAAAUCACGAAGAUGUCAUAUCAGAAGAAACAAAGGACGGCCUUAAGAUCUCUGGAGAACUUAGUAGUUACCUCUGUGAUCAUUUCCCUGAAGGUGAAGUAAAAGGAAGUCGCAACCCAAGUGGCACUGACCGAACUAGAACAUAUUGGACACCCCCAAUGGACAGAUGCCUCAUUAACUUGUUAUUGGACCAAGUCAAACAUGGAAAUAGACUUGGGCAGACAUUCAUUUCCCAGGCAUGGAAUGACAUGAUUACAUCUUUCAAUGAACAAUUCAAUUCUCAAUAUGACAAAGAUGUUCUGAAGAAUCGUUACAAACAUUUGAGGAAACAGUUCAAUGAUGUAGACCAUCUUCUUCAGCAUGAUGGGUUCUCAUGGGAUGAUACAAGAGAAAUGAUUGAUGCAGAGGAUCAUGUUUGGGAUUCAUAUACUAAGGCACACCCUGAAGCUCGAUCACUUAGAGUUAAAACCUUGCCUGACUAUGGGAAAUUGUGUAUAAUAUUUGGAGCGAAAGGUGAACAGAAGAAUGACGUUUUCUCAAAUUAUGAUGCUGGUUCUACAGUAGAGUGGACAGAAUCAAUGGAACGCUGUUUUGUUGACCUUAUGAUUGAGCAAGUAAAUAAUGGAAAUGGGAUUGAAAAUCUAUUCAAUGAGGAAGCUUGGAUGCAUGUUGCCCAAACAUUCAACGGUAGAUGGGGACUCCAAUCUGAUAAGAAGGUUCUAAUGGAUCAAUAUUUAUGCUUGAUGAAGAAACAUGAUGACAUCUACAACAUUCUCAGUCACAGUGAGUUUGCAUGGAAUGAAACCCUACAAACAAUAAUUGCUGAGGAUGAUGUCUGGGAUGCAUAUAUUAAGGAUCAUCCAGAUGCCAUCUCAUAUAAAAACAAGUGUUUGUAUCUUUUCCAUGAUUUAUGCAAGAUUUUCGGAAACAAAGUAAUGGAAAUAUCAAAUGUCAAAGUGAGUAAUCUGGAGCAGCUUCACUUGAAGGAAGAAGAUUAUUUUACCAUUGACAUGGGUUUGGAUGAAACGUCUGAAGAUUUGGUUGAUAUCAUCAAUGUUGACAUAUCAGAGCAAGAUCUGGGAAGGGGAAGGGAAAAUGAUGGUGAGGAAUCAUUUGGGAAUUUGGUGGUGAGUGGCAGCAAUGAAAUUGACAUUGUGGCCGUUGAAACAAAUGGAAAUUUAGAUGUGGCUAGUAACAAUGAAACAUCGAUCCAAGACAGAGAAAAACCAAUGACACACCAUGUCAGGAAAAGGCCUGGUACGAUGAUGUCUAGAGACUCGACACUUCACAAAAAGAAGCUGCGAAUGAAAGAAGCUUUGUCUGAGAUGGCUAGUGCUGUGAAGGCACUGAUGAAUAAGAGAGAGAACAGCAAUUCAUCAUUUGAAGAUGCUUUGAGUGUUCUUCAGGCUAUGCCUGACAUAGAUGAGGAGUUAGUAAUGGAUGCUUCUGAUCUGUUGGAAGAUGAGACGAAGGCAAAGAUAUUUUUAGCUUUGGACACUUCUUUGAGAAAGAAGUGGUUGCUUAGAAAGCUUCGACAGUAAAAACCACAUCACUCAACUGUACAUUCUUCUUUUCCAUCUCCAGAUUCUGCUAUCCAUCUGCUGCAAAAGAAUCAGAAUCGAUUUCUUCC